AUGGGUUCAACCGCCCCAGACACCAUCCGCACGGAUGUUCUUAUCGUCGGCGCCGGAUUUUCGGGCGUCUACGCUCUACACAUGAUCAGAAAGUUAGGCCUGUCUGUCAAGCUUAUCGAGAAAGGGAGCGGAUAUGGUGGUGUAUGGCACUGGAACCGCUACCCUGGAGCGAGAGUUGACUCUGAAAUGCCGACAUAUCAACUCAACAUCCCCGAAAUCCACGAGACAUGGAACUGGUCAUGCCGUUACCCGGAUCAUCAUGAGCUGAGGGCAUAUUUUGCUCACGUCGCGAAAGUCCUCGACCUGGAAAAGGACACAACCUUCAAUACGCUUGUCCAAGGCGCCACCUGGGAAGAUGGUGAAUGGAACAUCUUCACCCAGGAUGGUCCCAACUACGUCUGCAAGUAUUUUCUUCCCUGUGUUGGGUUCGCUUUCCAAAAGCACUACCCAGAAUUCCGGGGACUUGAGAACUACAAAGGUCUCUUGGUACACUCUGCCGAAUACCCAGAAGAUCUGGACUUGAAAGGGAAACGCGUUGCUGUGCUCGGCAAUGGCGCAAGUGGCGUCCAAUGCAUUCAAGAGAUCGCCAGGGAAGAUUGCCAGCUUACAGCCUUCAUACGGAACAUCAAUACCGCUUAUCCAAUGGGACAAAGGACCUUUGAUGUAUUCGAGCAGAACAUCUCGAAGAGCUUCUACGACUGUAUCCUAAGAGCUGGACGGCACACCGCCUCUGGCUACCCGUACAACCCGCCAUCUUCGGUGCGUUGGAACGAGCUUCACCCCGAAAUUUCUGCUAGGCUGAUGGAAAAUGCGUGGCGCCGAGGGGGAUUCACUUUCCAUCUGUCAACAACGGGCGAGUUUGUCUUUGAUAAGGAAGUCAACAGAACAUUCUACGACUUCUGGAAGGAAAGAACCCGAGCUCGUGUGUCGGACCCAGUCAAACGGGACAUUGUGGCACCCGAGCAACAGCCAUAUUGGAUAGGCACAAAGAGGCCUAGCUUGGAGCAGUAUUACUACGAAUCCAUCGACAGGCCGAACGUCUCGGUGGUAGAUCUGAAGAAGAAUCCAAUCGACCACUUCACUGCCGAUGGGAUAGUUACCACAGACGGGACUGAACACAAGCUGGACGUCGUACUUUUCGCCACGGGUUACGAUUUCUGGACGGGCGGUCUGACGAACAUGAAUAUUCGAGAUAAAAACGGCCUCCAUCUCAAAGAGAAGUGGGCAAAAGGUUGCGAAACGCAUCUAGGGCUGAGCAUUCCAGGGUGCCCCAACCUGUUUUAUGCAUACGGACCACAGUCGCCCGCGGCGCUGGGCAGCACUUUGCCGAUCAUCGAAACGCAGGUCGAGUGGAUCUGUAGAGCUUUGUCGAAGAUGAAGUCAGAGGGCAUCAAAUACGUCGAGCCUCAGGCUGGUCCGGCUAAAAAAUGGCGACAGACAAUCCAAGACCACUGCUCACAGACGCUAUACGCAGAUGGAAGCAACUACUAUAUUGGGACUAAUAUUCCCGGCAAGCCUCGAGAACAGCUGCCAUGGAUUGGUGGCACAGAUGUCUACAUACAACGCUGCAAUGAAGCACUUGAUGGUUGGGAAGGGUUUGAUGUGGUGUUUGAUGAGGCGCCUGCUCCAUAG